GCUUAUGACGAUAUAUCUUCACUCUAAUCAUUUAUCAGGGCCAAUUCCUUCAACGCUCGGCAAUCUUACUCAUUUGCAAUCAUUACAAUUAGGAGAUAACCAUCUCAGUGGUCCAUUACCCAAAAAUUUAUGCAGGGGUGGACAACUCGCAAAUCUUACGGCUUUCAACAACAAUUUGACGGGUCUUAUCCCACCAACUUUGAAAACUUGCAAAAGCUUGUACAGAGUUAGGCUUGAAGGAAACCAGUUGACAGGAAAUAUAUCAGAAGCUUUUGGCAUAUAUCCUAAUUUGAAUUAUAUUGCAUUAAGCAACAACAAAUUUUAUGGUGAACUAUCGCCAAACUGGGGGCAAUGCCAUAAUCUAACAAGCCUACGAAUCUCCGAUAAUAACAUUUCUGGAAAGAUACCACCUGAGCUGAAGCAUGCAACUCAAUUGCACGAACUCGAUGUCUCUUCAAAUCAUCUCUUUGGUGAGAUUCCCAAGGAAUUGGGAGCAUUGACAUUGAUGUACAAACUUUUUCUAAGUGGUAACCAACUUUCAGGCAAAAUUCCACCAGAGAUUGGAGUUCUUUCAAAUCUACAAUAUAUAUAGCUGAAGCUCUAGA